AGGUUCAGUCGUGCUCGCGGAAACGGCACAUCAAGUGCCUCAACGAGAAAACACAUAGGAGCCUUUAGAUUCAUGCUCCAAGGUUCAUAUCACUCCUUGAGAUCUAUAUGAGCCACAUUUGCAUCUUAUCCUAUCUCUUCGACAUCCAAUAAGAGUACAAACCUAUAUUCUCCACACCUGUCUCCCUCAAGCCAAAGGGGCAACUAUUGUCCUCUAUUCUGCCCUGUUCUUCUAUCACACCUUUAAUUGUCGGGAUCACCACGACACGGCAGAACCAUGCCCAAGAGCAGUAAAGUGACUCAGCGCGAGCACAGUAAUGAGCAUGUCACAGAGUCUGUGGCCGACCUCCUGGCACUGGAGGCUCCCAUGGACUACAAGAGCAGCCAGAUGAGCAUGAACAUGGCAGGAGGCGGCGCACCACCCAUAGGCAAGCCAGACAUCUCCCCCGACCUCGAAGACGGUCGCCCUGCCUGGAACAGUAAGCUGCAGUACAUUCUGGCCCAGGUGGGCUUCUCGGUGGGCCUGGGCAACGUGUGGCGUUUCCCUUACCUUUGCCAGAAGAACGGAGGAGGUGCCUACCUUGUUCCAUACUUCAUCCUGCUUAUCCUUAUUGGCAUUCCACUCUUCUUCUUGGAACUGGCAGUUGGCCAGAGGAUCCGUCGAGGAAGCAUUGGAGUGUGGAAUUAUGUUUGUCCACGACUCGGUGGGAUUGGAGUGUCCAGCCUGAUGGUGUGUGGCUUUGUGGGUCUGUACUACAAUGUGAUCAUCGGCUGGAGCAUCUUCUACUUUUUUCAGUCUUUUCAGUAUCCUCUGCCCUGGAGCGACUGUCCCAUCCGAAGGAACGGCAGCCAAGCCAUUGUGGAACCAGAGUGUGAGAAGAGCUCCGCAACCACGUACUUCUGGUACCGCGAGACCCUGAACAUCACCAGCACAAUUGCUGACAGCGGGGGUCUGAACUGGAAGAUGACUCUGUCCCUGCUGGCUGCCUGGAUAAUUGUCUGUCUGGCUGUAAUAAGGGGCAUUCAGUCUUCUGGGAAGGUGAUGUACUUCAGCUCUCUUUUUCCCUAUGUGGUGCUCUUCUGCUUCCUGGUGAGGGGGCUGUUUCUUAAAGGAGCAGUAGAUGGUAUCGCUCACAUGUUCACACCCAAGCUGGAGAUCAUGCUGGAGCCACAAGUGUGGCGUGAGGCUGCCACUCAGGUCUUCUUUGCUCUGGGUCUGGGUUUCGGAGGAGUCAUUGCAUUUUCCAGCUACAACAAGAGAGAUAACAACUGCCAUUUUGAUGCCGUGCUGGUCUCCUUCAUCAACUUCCUGACCUCUAUACUGGCCACACUAGUGGUGUUUGCUGUGCUGGGCUUUAAAGCCAAUAUCAUGAAUGAGAAAUGUGUGGUGGAGAAUGCUGAAAAGAUUCUGGGCUAUUUGAACUCAAAUGUGCUAAGUCAGGAUCUUAUUCCCCCUCAUGUCAACUUCUCCCACCUUACCUCGUCUGACUAUGCUGAGUUGUACGGUGUGAUAAAAAUUGUGAAAGAAGACAGCUUUGAACAGCUGGGGCUGGAGCAGUGUUUGCUGGAGGAUGAACUCAAUAAGUCUGUUCAAGGCACUGGUUUGGCUUUUAUUGCCUUCACAGAGGCCAUGACCCAUUUUCCAGCUUCUCCAUUCUGGUCUGUCAUGUUUUUCUUCAUGUUAAUUAACCUGGGACUGGGCAGCAUGAUUGGCACCAUGACUGGCAUCACCACACCAAUUCUGGAUACCUUCAAAAUCCGCAAGGAGGUUCUCACAGUGGGCUGCUGCAUCAUUGCCUUUUUUUGCGGCCUGUUGUUCGUCCAGCGUUCAGGGAACUACUUUGUCACCAUGUUUGAUGACUACUCUGCUGGUCUGCCACUUACCAUUGUGGUGAUUCUAGAGAAUGUAUCUGUAGCCUGGAUUUAUGGCACCAAGAGGUUCAUGCAGGAUCUGGAGGACAUGCUGGGUUUCAGGCCUUACACUGUAUACUUCUACCUGUGGAAGUACGUGUCUCCAGUGUGCCUGAUCGUACUGAUUUCUGCAUCUGUUGUAGAUAUGGCCAUCAGCCCUCCAGGGUACAAUGCAUGGGUGCAGGAACUGGCCAUGGAGAGGUUUCAGAGUUAUCCUCCUUGGGCUCUAGUGAUGUGUUUCGCUCUCAUUAUUGUAGCCAUGCUUCCUCUUCCACUGGUCUUCCUUGCUCGUCACUUUAACUGGCUCCCUGAUGGCUCCAACAAGCUAUCCGUCUCUUAUCGCAAGAGUCUGGCAAAGGAGGCUUCCACACUGGAAGACGAGACAAGGUUUAUACUUGGGAAGAACCCCAGCGAAGCUCCAUCUCCAAUGCCCAGUCACCGUGCUUAUCUGGGCCCAGGCAGCAGCUCUCCUGUUGAACUCAUCACCAACUCUACCUCUAUCAGUGGAUAUGGCAGCAGUUAUCAGACCAACCCUGCUCCCCCCAAAUCUGAGUCAUGAUCCUUCAACCCAACAACCAGAGACUGAGGAAGAGAAGAGAAGAGAAGAUGGAAACAUGCUGAACAGAUAAGAAGGUCCUAGUGUUAGUUACACCUUAACCCAAGCCAUGCAGAGGAGCAGGAUAACAAGAAAAUGGAAAGAAAUCAGCGAUCCUUCACUAUAUCACACGUACAGUUCAACCUACAGUAAGCAAGGAACAUGCCAUUAUACAGACAACCUCCUCUGUGCCCUUUUAUUCAUUCAGUCUAGAGAUCCUGUUCUUAAGGUGAGAGACCCCAGGGCUUCCAGAUCAGUCACAUAACUGAAUGCAAGGUUGCUUGGUGAGUUAUUUGACUGUAAAUCUGAUAUUCAUACACAGAUCAAUUAAAUCAACCCUUAGAAGGUUAUAAGGAUAGUUCACCCGAAAAUGAAAACAAAUUGUUUAUUCACCCUCAUUUUGUUCCAACCCGAUCUGACUUACUUAUAUUGAAUGCAAAAUGAGGUGUUAGGCAGUGUUAGUAACCAUUCAAUUUUAUUGUAUGAAAUGAAGAUUCAGUGAAAGUGAAUGAUGAUUAAGGAAAAAAACCUAUUUUUGUAUUCCAUAGAAGAAAGAAAGUCUACGGGGAACAACUUGAGGAUGAGUAAUGAUUAAGUGAACUAUCCCUUAAUAUAUUAAUGACUAAAUUGAAGAAAACAUAAUCAACAGAUUAACACCAAGAGAAAAGCUAUUUUUUUUUCCUAACCAGUCAUGGCCGCGACAUGUCAUUGUGAGAAGUUUGGUCUCUGUGACUGAUCUGGGGCCCAGUAAAUGCCAUAGGGGUGGUCACACCCCUUUCUGUGUGUGUUUUGUGAUCGUUCUCGCUCAGGUUAAGGUGUUCCCAAUGCUGCUGAACUCUAGACAUCUUACAGUAUGCAGAAGAUGCCAUACAAGAGCCUCAUUAUCCUACAGGAUUUUUAUUUAAACCCAGAGCUCUAUAAAAUUGAGACAACACAGAGGGUCUUCAGAGAAACCUAAACUUUCACUUAAUGAUAAUGAACCCUCUAAUAGAUAUUUAAGUAUCACUGUUAAGUACAGGCCACCUGACAGUAGAGCAAAUUGAUAGCUGUUAAAAAAAGAAAGCACAUGUUCCUUUUUUCCAAGUGUUCUUGGUUAUGGAGUUUACAGAUUUGCACAACGACAGUUUGUCAUAUUCACAUUGUACCACUGGAUGGCAACAUACAGUAUACUAUGUAUUCGUAAACAACACAUAGUCUCAGUGCAGUAUAUCAAAUAUAUAUAGUGUCAAUGUCAAGUGCAGGCUGUUUUUGCCACUGGAUUAAGCUUCUUUUCUAAGUUUCAUUUUUGGAAAGUUUUAUCUAGAGGUUUUUUUUUAAUUUUUUUUUAUAAAGAAAUCAAGAAAUGUGACUGCCUGAUGAUAGGUGAUAUUUACAGUGCACAGCACAAGAAAUGAAGUGUAGUUUCAGAAUGCAAUAAGAGGUACAGUUUUAGCCAAGUUAGCUACACCAAUUACAAUAGCUCUAACACUAAUAACGCAUUAAUUUAACAGCAACAUUUGCAUAUCUGCAAUGGCAAUAAAGGGGAUUUUGUUGAAUGGCAUUUACUGGCAUUCAUUCUCUCAGCUUUACUUUGCAACCCAGUUCUGUACCAGUUUUUGUUUUCUAUUGACAGUUGCCAUUUCUUGGCAGGUUUUUGGUCUCAAUCCAGUGAUUCCCAAGUUGCUUAUUUGUCUUUAGUUCUUUUUUCGCUUAGUGGAGACUAGUCUAUAUCGCAGAAUAUAUGUAAUAAUACUGUAAUUCCAAAUGACUCCUAAUAGGGGAUGGUACUUAAAACUACUCGUUACUUAGUAACUUAUAUUUAUGCCACAAAACAUUUAAAUGGUUAAGAAGUGCUGUUUGCUUAUUAUUAUUUCCACACAUGACCUCAUUAAUGUGCACAUUCAAGAGAUUGAAAAAAAUAUGUAUAUUUGUCUGCAAUUUCUCAAUUUGUUUUUAGAAAUUGUCUCACACAUUCUAUGAAAAAUAUUAAUGGAAAAAUGUGAUCAAUCAACCUGAAGUGAAAAAGCAGUUGCUUGUCUCUAUAAGGUAAAGUCAAGGAAAAUAAUUGAGCUGGAAGAAUAGGACCAGUUUCCUUAAGGAACCAAAGGUUAGUCCAUCUUGAUUUUGUGUCAUGUAUAGUUGAUUUAUGUGUAGCUUAGAAUGCAAACAGUUAAGACUGCCUAAUGUGAACGAGAAUUGUUGCCCUUUAAUGCUCACUGCCUAAUAAUCUGUAAAUUUAAGCAUCCUCUUCAUUUUAGUUUGGCUUUUGUGCUCUUAAAGGGAAAGUUCUGACAAAAAUUCUAAUUCUGUCAUUUACUCACCCAUGUGUUGUUCCAAAUCUGUCUGACUUUCUUUUGUGGUAAACGAAGAGAGAUAUUUGGCAGAAAAGGUUCAUAGGUGUUUGGAACAACAGGAGGGAGAGUAAUUGUUCAAAUUGUAAUUUUUGGGUGAACUUUCCCUUAUAAAGAUGAUCUGCUCACAAUGAUCUAGUAAGACUAUAUUCAGGGAGCAGCAGAGGGGUGAAAUAGGAGAGAAAACUGUAAAGAAUAGAGGUGGAGAGUGGGAGACAAGUUGUCGGCUAUUUUGAUGUGUAAAACAGCAAACCGUUUGAUCAUCCAGCUGCAUGUAGCUUUCGUGCCUGUCACAAAGACUGUUGAGGUAAAAAUAGACUAGGCUAUUUACCCAGAGGAACCUGUGUCAGAGACGGCAUGGCUACAUGUUAAUGAGUCCUCCUUGAGUGUGUGUGUGGGGUGGGAGGGUUAGAUGUUCUUAUAGCAACAUAGCAACAACUGCAUAUUCACAACAACAAGGGUGAAAUAAUUAAACAGCUACAGCCCCUUUGGCAUGCUCUUGCUCCAAGAUUGAUAGUCAUUGCCAUUCGCUAAAGAGAUUUAGUAUGUUAGAAAUAUUUGAAACCAUCCCACUAGAUAAGAAAUUAUUUAGAAGGACAGACUACACAAAAAUGAAAAAUCUGUCUUCAAUUAAUCACCAUAAUGUUGUUCCAAAACCUUAAGACAUUCUUUCAGAGGAAAGUCAUAUAGGUUUUUAACAACACAAGGGGGAGUAAAUGAUGACAGAAUUUUCAUUUUUGUGUGAUUUAUUUAUUUUACUUAAAAUGCUUGAUCACAUUUGUCACAAAAUGCCAAUUGCAUUUUCUGAUGUGGAAUUCAGUAUGCCUUCAUCAAGCAGUCAGAUGAGAUUAUGGAAAAGAGCACAAUGAUUUAGAACUCAGCGCAGAAUAAUUUCAUCAAGGUCAGGAUUUUAAAUGCACAAUUUGCUGUAGUGUGUCGUUGUUCAGUAAGCAGUAAAGUCAAAACAUAUUAUUGUCACUCCUUCAAUAGCACAGGAUUGUCCACAGGAUGUCACUGUUUACUUUUGAUAAGUAGGUUGAAGGAGCCUCUCAGUAUGCCUGGCCUCUGCACUACCGCUUUCUAAGAUUAACAUUCCCUUAAGCACAGCUGGUGCCUCUCAUUAUCACUUAGACUAUUCUAAAGAUGAGUGUGAAAGAUGUAUUGUUUGUUUUGCUGUUUACAAGUGGCAAUUUUGGAUUGUGCACUUUACCUUUUCUUGUCAAGAGGCCCCAGAAUUUCACCUCAUGAGCACAGUACAACACUGGUAUUGUUUCAAACAUAGGCGAUUCUAGACCCUAUAUACCCCCUAAAAGUCUGUAAUUUUGUGAUCUCUCUCUCUCUCUCUCUUCUCAGCUUACUCCUUAAAGUUGACAAUAUUAAGCUUUUUGCAGGUAUACACAUUUAUGUUUUACAGUUCUCUCCCAGGGAAAAAGACAAAGGAGUAUUAAUGACUCACCUUGCACAGCUCAUUUUGUCCACUUAAAUGCUCUAUAGAAUGUGUAUGUCCCUCCCCAUUUUAAACUUACUUCUGACUUUCAAAAGAAAGUAGCAAAUCAUGUUCAUGGCUGUGACAGAAACUAAAAGCUAUUCUGCCCAGUGAAAUCAUAAUUUAAUGUACAACAAAAUUUGAAUUGGUUUAUUUUUUUUAAAUGUCAGUUGGUCAGAAUUUGAACUCUUAACCUUUUGCACUGAAACCAUGAAAUGUUACUCUGACCCACAACAUCUCAUAUAAGGCUGAAACCCUAGAAUUGCCUCUGGUUUCAACAGCAACCAAGAAGAAAUGGGUAGAGAAGAGGAUAGUACAGCAGCUCACACAUUCAAUUCUACAUCAACAGAUAUUGGGAAAGACUGUGACAAAGAAAAGGAGUUUAAACAGCACUAAUAACUGAUAGGCACACACACACCCACAAAACAUCAGCAGGAGCAAACACAAGCUUAAAGGUGCACCCUGUAAUUUUUUGUUUAUGUUGCACUGGACAGUGCAAAAGUAGUCUUGGACUUUAUACUGACACCAAUCGGUGUGGGUGCACCAUGACGCAAAAGUAAAUGUUUUUGAUUGCAUAUGUCAUCUUAGUAUCUUAUUCACAGCCAUACAGUAUUGUAUGUCACCAAUGCUGGUUAUGUGAUCUCAACAUGGCGGUUCACAUGUGGCGACUCAUCCUAUGUAGAAUAAAACAGUGUUUUUAGAGCACUAAUAAGACUAUAAAUUCAACAUCUCAAGUCAGAUAAUCAUUAUAAUCAUAUUAGUCAAAAGUACUCUUCACUUCUUUGUGUGUAGAUCUAACUUUUUAAUGAGAAAGAAAUUACUGAGUGCACCGUUAAUGGACUGCAUUAGCUCAAAACCAAGCACAACUUUCAACAGCAGAUUUUACAUUGCAUAUUAUGAACAUGCAUUAGGGAGCAUAUAGAGGCAGUUUAAAAUGCUUACUAUGACAUUUUGUUUGGAAGCAAUAAUCAGAUCACUCACUUGACAUUCCAAUGCGAUCAUAAGCACAUGCCUCUUUUUAUAAUGGUCACAGGUAGUGAUAGUGGACUAAAGCAUUUACAAUCAUACAUAUCCUGCUGUGAUGUUAGGCAGUGGUAACUCAUUAAUACAUAAUUGCAAAUGUUCACUGGUAGAAUUACAUGUAGUCACCACAACCUUUACAGAUAUUGAUCAGACUUACUCACUCUGAGGCUAAUUCACUAAGCGUUGUAGACAAUCUGGAAUCAUUUGGCACAAUGCGGCUCAUUUUCAUCUUUCUAUGGGCCUUUUUGUUAACAACGUAGGAAGCACAGACCUGAUUGUGAGAGAGCACCAUGAUUCCUGAGCUAAAGCACUUUUAAUUUGCCCUGAAAACAUGAGUAUAACAUGAUUUUGAGUUCAUUCUAGUGUAAACGCUGAGCCAUAUUUUAGUUGAAUGCAAAUUAUGAAAUGUAUAACAAGCAUCUCUUCCUUUUCAAGAAUGUUGAAUAAUGUUUGUGAGCAAAGUGUUAUACUGUAUAAUUCUGUACAUUGUUAUUCUAAAUAUUAUCUGUAAAUAUCAGUGUACAUUUUGUUAAAUGAAUGGAAAGAAAUCUAUGAAAGGCAAACUGAAAUCUUGUAACACUGAUGUGUAUGAUAUUGUUGUACAGUUAAGACGUUAAAUAUUUUGUACAUUGUGUAUUAGUGUGUACAUGUUGUGUAUGGGGAUAGUGUCUGUUGUAUCUAUUGUGUGAGUGUGUGUGUGUGUGCGUGUUUGUGAAACAAAAGCAGUUUUAUUUUUGCUAUUUAUGUUGUGAGUCCCUUACUUUCCUCUGAUUAACCCCCAGCCGUGAGUUGCUGUUCCUUGGUGAAAUUCACGCACACAUUUGUCUUGUUGAUCAACUGUGUACACACCACAAAGAUUGUUUGUUAAUGCACUUGAACUGAAUUUUUAAUUUAAAUUAUUUUAAUGUAUAUGUUGGUUUAAAUUUGAUUAGACAUCAUCAUUAGUAUCACAAAUAUUAUUGUUUGCUGCUUAUUGGUUUCGUCAAAAGUCAAAAAUGCUCACUCUCUUUUAAGUUUAGUGUGACUAUAUUCAGCGCAUUCAUUGUUAGUAGUGUUAGGUCACUGUAACACACACUUAGCUGGGGCAUUCAACUCUUUGUACCUUGAAUGUAUACAAGUGCAAAGGAGGAAAGGUAAAAAUAGAGUACUUUUGCACUCUGGAAGUGGUAUUUUAAUCAUUAGAAAUAUACUUGAUGUGAAUGUAAACUUAUUUUUAAUUCCCCAAAGUACUGUACCAAUAAUUUGCAAGUAAUUUAGUAAAAAGGACACUGAGGAAAUGUGUACUAUUACUCUUCAUCAAUGUGAAGUCUACACUUGUGUGCUGUACUAGUCUUAGAUUUAUAAGCAAUAUUUCUGCAGGCUUUUACUUUGGUUGGAUGUUGGUUUCACAGUCUAUGAGGCUAAAGGCCGCAUCAGAGCGUUUCACUGCAGAAGAAGAGCAAUGCUCUUAAAUCUUUUGUCAGACCCUAUUCUGUUGGGUGACAGCACAUUCAGAUUACUAGUCACAGUAUACUAUACAAGGACUGUUUUACUGUCUCUUAGUUAAUGUCGUUAAUACGGUACAGUAUUUCUGAUUCACUUGGGGAAAAGCUGAGUUAUAAAUAUUGAAUAUGGACCAUCACAAAAACAAACAAUAAAAAGUUGAA